GGCUGGGACCUGACACAACUUAGUGAGACCUCCGCUGAACUCACCUCGCGUCGAGAACGCGCCGUUCAACUUCACCAUAGCAGAAUAACUUGGAAGUUUGCAAAUAAAAGCUCACAACGUCAUCUUCCAUUGUUCAUCUUCGCGCACUUCCCUUCGCCAUAGCAGGACCCCACAUACUUACUCCGGCACCCAUACUCUAGCUGCAGUAUACGGCAUACGCUCGUCAGCUAUCCAAACGCGACUCUAGGCGCAAACAUAGCGUACCGGUACCGCAGGCGGUCGCUGCUCUCACCACCAUAGCCGCUCACGAGCGCACCCACAAGCCAUGGCCGACUCGGACUAUUCCUACGAUGGCGAUGAAGUUUCCGGCGACGAAUACGUUGGCCCCCGAGCCAGUUCAAGCAGGCCAACACAGCCAGCAGGCGGUGGAAGGCAAACAGCAAAGGAGGCUGCACCAAAGCCGGCGCGCAAAGCAUGGGAAACCGAGUACUCGCGGACAGUCGAGAAGACCAUAGUACCCGUCAACGACGAGGACAUAGGGCAGAGCGUUCAAGAACGAGAGGAGGAACGCAAGCGCAAACGGUUACGCAAAGACACAAAGCCCUUCCAAAGAGGCAUAAUACGGCACGUCGUUCUGGUACUGGACCUGUCAGAAGCCAUGAUGGAGAAGGACAUGCGACCGAAUCGCUUCUACACGAUGAUCAACUACGCACAGGAUUACGUCCGCGAAUUCUUCGAGCAGAAUCCCAUCUCUCAGAUGAGCGUCCUCGGCAUGCACGAUGGCAUAUGCAUACGAGUCUCCGAGCUUUCAGGCAACCCAGCAGAGCACGCAGCAGCAAUCUUGGGCCUGCGAAGCAAAGAGACGGGCAAGGAGCCCAAGGGUGCACCCAGUCUCCAAAAUGCUCUCGAACUCGCGCGCGCAACACUAUACCACACACCGAAUCACGGUACACGGGAAGUCAUUGUAGUCUUUGGUUCCCUCCUCUCUCUCGACCCCGGCGACAUCCAUCAAACUGUCAAAGCAUGCGUGCGCGAUCGCAUAAGAGUGAGCAUAAUAGGUAUGGGCGCACGCCUCAAGAUCUGUCAGGAAAUCGUAACGCGGACGAAUGCUGGAGACGAGAGCGAAUACACAAUCGCGACCGACCAGGAGAUGCUCAAAGAGCUCCUCAUCGCAACCACUACACCGCCCGUCAUUCGUUCAGAUACCGCCUCCACACCUCAACAGCCUGAGAAAGGCGCUGCGUUGAUGAUGAUGGGAUUUCCAUCACGCGUCGUCGAGGACUCGCCCACAAUAUGUGCGUGCCACGGCAACCUCACACUAGGUGGCUACACAUGCUCGAGGUGCAGUGCGAAGGUAUGCUCACUACCUGUGACAUGUCCUAGUUGUCAACUCACACUGCUUCUCUCAACACAUCUGGCGCGAAGUUACCACCACCUCUUCCCGCUACGAAACUGGGCUACUGUGUCAUGGCAGCGAGCGCGCGAAAAGAACUCGAGAGAUUGCGUAGGCUGCCUAACCACUUUCCCCGAGAUACCAUCCAAGCAGGAACUAGCCACGAGAGCACUCAAGAAGGAGAGGCAGUCCACAACAGGGAGCAUGCUCAACGGACACUUGGAGAGGGGGAACCAGGCAGAAGAUGACGAGAACGGUGAGCAGAAGGCUAGUGAGAGCGCGAGAUACGAGUGUCGAUCGUGUGAAAGCCAUUUCUGUAUCGACUGUGAUAUGUUCUGCCAUAUGGUGCUGCACAAUUGCCCGGGGUGUCUGAGUAGACUGGACCCAGGGGCAAUCGCUGAUGCAGGGGCUCAGAAUGGAGAUGUGACCAUGACUGGGUGAUUGAGGUAGAGUCAAU